AUGCUUUGUGUGUUUGGAUCUUCCAUCCCCAUCUCAGCCACAGAACUUCUCCUGGCCUCCAUCACCUUCUGCCUAGUAUUCUGGGUGUUCAGAGCCUGGAAGCCUCGGGUUCCCAAAGGCUUGAAGAGUCCCCCAGGACCUUGGGGCUGGCCCCUUCUUGGACACGUACUGACCUUGGGGAAGAACCCACACCUGGCGCUGUCACGGCUGAGCCAGCGUUAUGGGGAUGUGCUAGAGAUCCGCAUUGGCAGCACACCUGUGCUGGUGCUCAGUGGCCUGGACACCAUCCGGCAGGCCCUGGUGCGGCAGGCUGAUGAUUUCAAGGGCCGGCCUGACUUCUACAGCUUCACCCUCAUCUCUGAUGGCCAGAGCAUGACCUUUAACCCAGACUCUGGACCGGUGUGGGCUGCCCGCCGGCGUCUUGCCCAAAAUGCCUUGAAGAGUUUCUCUAUUGCUUCAGACCCGACUUCCUCAUCUUCUUGCUACUUAGAGGAACAUGUGAGCAAGGAGGCUGAGGUCCUCAUCAGCAAAUUCCAGGAGCUGAUGGCAAGGGUUGGACACUUUGACCCCUACAGGUAUGUAGUGGUGUCAGUGGCCAACGUCAUAUGUGCCAUGUGCUUUGGUCGGCGCUAUGACCAUGAUGAUCAAGAGCUACUUAGCAUAGUCAACCUGAGUAAUGAGUUUGGGGAGGUGGUUGCUUCUGGAAACCCAACGGACUUCUUCCCUAUCCUUCGUUACCUGCCCAACUCUGCCCUGAAUAUCUUCAAGGACCUGAAUAAGAAGAUCUACAUCUUCAUACAAAAGAUGGUUAAGGAACACUAUAAAACGUUUGAGAAGGGCCACAUCCGAGAUAUCACAGACAGCCUGAUCGAACACUGUCAGGAAAAGAAGCUGGAUGAAAACGCCAAUACCCAACUGUCAGACGAGAAGAUUGUUAAUGUCGUCUUGGACCUCUUUGGAGCUGGGUUUGACACAGUCACAACUGCCAUCUCUUGGAGCCUAAUGUACCUGGUUACACAUCCCGGUGUGCAGAAAAUGAUCCAGGAGGAACUUGACACAGUGGUUGGGAGGGUACGACGGCCACAGCUCUCUGACAGACCCCAGCUGCCCUAUCUGGAGGCCUUUAUCCUGGAGACCUUCCGACACUCUUCCUUUGUCCCCUUCACCAUCCCCCACAGUACUACCAGAAACACAAAUUUGAGUGGCUUUUACAUCCCCAAGGGGCGUUGUGUCUUUGUGAACCAGUGGCAGAUCAACCAUGACCAGAAACUAUGGGAUGACCCAUCUGAGUUCCGACCAGAACGUUUUCUCACCCCCAAUGGCACUAUCAACAAAGCACUGAGUGAGCAGGUGAUUCUCUUUGGCCUCGGCAAGCGGAGAUGCAUUGGUGAAAACAUUGCCCGCUUCGAGGUCUUUCUCUUCCUGGCAAUCAUGCUGCAGCAAGUAGAAUUCAGCAUGUCACCAGGCGUGAAGGUGGACAUGACCCCCAUCUAUGGGCUGACCAUGAAGCAUGCCCACUGUGAGCACUUCCAGGUGCAAGUUCGCUCUUAG